AUGUGCCUCCAGGUGGAGACCAAGCCCUGCCACGGGCGCUGGAGAGCUCCUGGCCUGCUGCUGCUGCUGCUGCUGGCGCUGGCCACCGCCGCUGCUGUGGUUGGAGGGCUCCUUGGUUUCAGCCACAGCCCUCCUCAGGCCCCUCUGCAGACGCUCCGCAUGAGCCUCCCGAGCCCAGGCAUGCCCCGGUCCAACCAAACCGAGCAGGUGGAUGUGGCUCAGAACGUGGCAACCAUCUGGGUGACUCCAGCCCAGAGCAACCGCAGCUGGGCAGUGCUACUCGACGGGCAGAGCGGCUGCGUCUGUUACCGGCCCUCAGAGCACCGGGCCUGCUUCCUGCGCCUGAUGGAACCCCGAGACCGUGAGACUCUGCAGCUGCUGGUGAACAUCUCUCAGCUCCAAGCAACACAAAGCCCCAGCCAGGACACCCACUACGCCCAGGAGCUGCUGGCAGUGCUUGGGAGCCAAGAGGUGGACCCUGCCCAGGUCGGGGCUCCCGUGCAGCACCUUUGUGCCAAGACUCCCAUUUACUGGGCCCGACGUGCAGAGGGGCCCCAGAGGCAGCGGCUGAUCUACCUAUGUAUCGACAUCUGCUUCCCGAGCAACAUCUGUGUGUCCGUCUGCUUUUAUUACCUCCCGGACUGA